AUGGCUACUCUCACGCGCGCAUCUCGAAUUCGCAAUCCCGCACUCUUCAUCUGCGACAUCCAAGACAAAUUCCGCACUGGAAUCUACGAGUUCCCCAAACUGUACGAAUCUCAUGUCCCCAAAAUAAUAGAAUCCCAAUGGCCAACCAACCAAACAGCGUCUCAACAACAGAAAAAAUGCUCCGCGCAGCCUCGGCCCCCUCAAACCCCCGUGUUCAUAACAACCCAAAACCGCGCCAAACUUGGCAAUACUGUACCAGAACUCCAACAACACCUCAACGGCCCACACAUCCGAGCCGACGUAGACAAAACCCUCUUCUCAAUGAUAACCCCAGAGAUUGAGAAGUUACUCCCAGCGCCAGGCUCGACGCCCCUUGACGUUAUAAUCGUCGGACUCGAGACGCACAUUUGCGUGACGCAGACUACCCUCGAUCUUCUCGAGCGCGGCCACCGAGUUUACAUCCUCGUUGAUGGCGUUAGCAGCAUUAACCCCGAGGAGAGGGGUGUUGCGCUUGCAAGAUUGAGGGAUGCUGGAGCUGUUGUGACGAGUAGUGAAAGUGUGCUUUUUGAAAUUCUCGGUGAUGCUUCGCAUGAGGCGUUCCGGGCUGUUAGUGGGCUUGUUAAGGAGACUAAGGAGAGUACGAAGGGGGCUUUGGGGGUUUUUUCCAAGAUUUGA